GUGUGAUAGAGAGGGAGUGGCUUGGAGGACUGACGUCAGCUCACGGGCAGCAGCAGGAUCUGUCUUUCCCCGCUCUCGGCUCUAUUAUCAAUGUCUGGAAGAGGGCGUGGCUUGCCGACCGUUUUCCGCCAUCUUGCUGCAGGCAGGGGAGCAGCUGAAGGGAGAAAGACCCUGUGUAAUAUCAUGUCCACGCUCUUCCCGUCACUGUUCCCACAAGUCACCGAGUCCCUGUGGUUUAACCUGGACCGUCCCUGUGUGGAUGAGAAUGAACUACAACAACAAGAGCAGCAGCACCAGGCCUGGCUCCAGAGCAUAGCUGAAAAGGACAACAACCUGGUGCCCAUAGGAAAGCCCACCUCUGAGCCCUAUGAUGAGGAGGAAGAGGAAGAUGACGAGGACGAUGAAGACAGCGAGGAAGACUCUGAGGAUGAUGAGGAUAUGCAGGACAUGGAUGAGAUGAAUGACUACAAUGAGUCUCCUGAUGACGGGGAGAUUGAGGCCGACAUGGAGGGAGCGGAGCAGGAUCAGGACCAGUGGAUGAUCUAGCAGAUCCCUUGGCUUGUCAUGAAGCGAUCCCUGUGUCUGUGUACCUGCAGCUGCGUUCACUGAGCGCCGGAGACCGCCCGCUUGUGCCAUGUAUAUAUUCUGUAGCAGUAUUAUAAUACGGAGGGCGGCAGAGCCCCGCGGGACUAACGGGGAAGAUUAGCCUCUGGCGCAAGAUGAUUUUCUUCUGUAUCUUCGGUGAGACCUGUUCUGCGCUGCUCCAGCUGUGAUGAUCAGACUACGGCAGAUGGCGUCCAGAUGUGAGCGGUCUGCGGCUGCGUGUACCCUCUUCUUUCCUUACAGCUGCAUAUUACAUGUUUCAUGUGACCUGCGUCUAGAGCAUGUGCCGGGUAGGGAAUGGGUUAAAGCCUAAACUCGUGUGGACCUUUUUUGGAUUUGUUUUUUAAGGGCUUAAAUGUGCAAGAAAACCAGAAAUGGACUAUUUUUAUAAGUGCUACCCCCCAGCCGCAGCCCUUGGCAAGGGGUGGUCGUGAGGGUCUUCAGGCAGCUCAAGGUCAUUUUGGUUUGUAUGGAUUAGUACGUGUACCCUGGCAGCGGGGGCGGACAUAGACUGUGCCCUCCGUACAGCCGGCUGCACUAGACGUGUCUGUCUGUGUAUGUACAUGACAUCAUAUGUUAGGAAAUGCUUAGAUAUAGGACAUGUUCUCGCACUUUGUGUCUCUUCUGCACAUUGAACGCCUACACAGGUUUUUGGGGUCCGUGUGUCAUAUGUGAGUAUUUUUACCAUGAUUUGCCGCGUUGGGAUAGCGGGAGUCGCAUCAAGUAUAUCGGGUUUGUAAUAAACAUUUUCAUUUUUA